AUGGAGAAAAAGCAUUUAAACAAGGCGGAUGUUACUCUAAAUAAGGGUUUAGGAAUACAGAUAAAAGAAAUGUAAACUAUUAAGGAGACUUAGGCUCAAAAAAUUUUUUAAAUUGAUGAAUAUUAUAUAUGGUCAAAAAAUGGGAAGAUGAGAGUAUUUUUUAAUGAUAAAACAAUGUAUUAUUUUUCUCAUAAUGAAGCGUCGGUGGAUUAUAUGAAUUUGAGAGUCAAAAAAAGGAAAAUGGAUUGAGUUGA